AUGGUAAAUGAGAACUUCACCUCUGUCAAAGAGUUCAUCUUACUGGGGCUCACCAGCCACCGAAGAAUGCAGCUUCUGCUCUUUGGAGUCAUCCUCAUGAUCUACUUGCUUACAGUUUUGGGGAACCUGCUGAUCAUCAUCCUGGUGCAGGUUGAUUCCCGACUCCACACUCCCAUGUACUUUUUCCUCAGCAACCUUGCAGUCAUGGAUAUUGGCUAUGUUACUAGCACUUUGCCCCAAAUGUUAGCUCAACUUUUGACUGGAAAUGGAGCCAUAUCCUUAGCAUGUUGUGUGAUGGAGAGUUAUAUUGCAUUGACCAUGGGUAGUACAGAAUGUUUGCUGCUGGGAGUCAUGGCUUAUGACCGCUACUUAGCCAUCUGCCAUCCCCUGAUAUAUGCCUCUUCCAUGGACAGGAUGCACCAGCUACUGCUUGCCACGUCCUGUUGGACCAUAGGCUGUCUCUUCUCAGUUGUGUAUGUUGCUUUCAUCUUUCAUCAUCCAUUCUGUGGCCCCUCCAUUAACCACUUCAUCUGUGAACUGCCUGUUGUGCUAAAACUUGCAUGUGAUGACACAAAAAUAACCAAAUCUGUUGUUUUUGGUUUAUCAGCAUUUAUUGUUCUGGUUCCCCUUUCAGUCAUCUUGUCUUCCUAUGGCUUAAUUCUAUAUUCCAUUUUAGACUUGAGGUCAACUACUGGAUGGCGUAAAGCUUUCUUCACAUGUGGCUCCCACCUCAUAGUGGUCACCUUAUUCUAUGGUACCAUCAUCUCUAUGUACAUCAUCCCCCAUUCAGACACAGGUCAAGAUCAUGAUAAGCAAAUUGCAGUCUUUUAUGUUGUGGUGACACCCCUUCUGAACCCCAUCAUUUAUACCCUGCGAAACAAGGAAGUCCAUAAGGCAGCACUCAAAAUGUUGAGGGACUUUGGUUUUAAAGCAUGA